AUGGCAACAACAAUGGAGGCGUCCCAGUCUCUCAUGCAGUCGGAAUCCAGGGUCAGUUACCAAGAGGUCCACGUGACGGAGAGGACCAAGAAGAAAAGUAAGACGCGCCGGCAUAAGGACGAGGGGUCUAUAUCAGUGUCCAAGAGUUCCGAGAAGUUGUUCAAGAAGAUGAAGGCGGCGGAGGGAGACAACCCGACGUGCGCCAAGUGUUCCCGGCCCGUGUACGCCAUGGAGAGGGUGAAGGCGGAGCGACGCUCCUGGCACAGGGACUGCUUCAGAUGUGUGCAGUGUGACCGGCAGCUCACCGUGGAGUCAUACGAGAGCGACCACACCACCCUAUACUGUAAGCCGCACUUCAAACAGCUGUUCGAGCCCAAGCCGGUGGAGCAGGACGAGACGGAUGCGGCGCCCAAGAAGCACCAGAUGAUUAUAUGUGAGAGCCAGCCCGUGGAACUACCGCCCGACGUAGUCAGAGCAUCAGACAAGCCGGAGCUUGGUUUAGAGGAGCUGGCGGCGCUGGAUGUGAAGUCCAGGUUCCAGGUGUUCGAGAAGAAGGACACAGAGGACGUGAAGAAGGAGGAGCUGGGACGGGCGACCAAGGGAACCAGCGCCGCUGUACUGGCGAAGAUGGCCAAGUUCAAAGCUAAGGGAAUGGACAUCGGCGUGUCUGAGGAGGCGCUGAACGGAGUCACCCUGGAGCCUUCAUCUAGCGACCAGGAGGAUGACGACGACGAUGACUCUGUAUUGAAGAAGUCAUACUCCCACAAGGCGAUGGUGGAGGCUCCCUCGGUUGAGCUGUCGGAGCUGGUGGGCCGCUUCGAGAGACCCAGACCCUCGAGACACCAGCAGAGGAAACAGGAGAUACAGAACAUUAGGAGCAGGCUGUUCAUGGGGAAACAAGCCAAGAUAAAGGAGAUGUAUGAACAGUCGGUGCUACAAUGUGAACAGAGUGUGACGUCAGCAGACAAGAUCGCCAAGGAGCUGGAGGUGGACGCGGAGAAGGCGCGCGCCAUCAAGCAGAGGUUCGAGAACGGAGAGAUAUACAACGACGAGAACAGACCGCCCAGGAACAGGGACCUCGAGGACCGGGCGCUGUUUGAUGACGGUAUCGCCAAGAAGUCUCGUUCCAUUUUCUUGGAGCUGGACGCUAACGCCAAGCAUUCGGCCCCCGGGAGUCCCGCCGCCGAGCCUCCCAGAAGGAAGGAGAUACCGUUCGUGCCCAAGGACGUGGUCCGCGCGGCCGACAAGCUGGAGGACGUCAAGAUAGAGACCUCCGACAUACACGACCGGUUCCAGUUCUUUGAGACAUACAAGCCGCAGGUCAAGCGCAAGGAGUUCCGGGUCACGCCGCCCAGGGAACCACAGCGCGCCAAAUCACCCUCGCCGGAGAUCUACCACGAGCCGAGUGUGGUGAGGAGCGACGAGCCUCCCGCUGACGCCGGGCUGGCGGCCAGCAGACACACGGCCUCCAAGAUGAUAGACGUGUUCAGGAAGAUGGAGCAGGACAGGAACAGACCCGACGACUGUCAGGGUCCGAAGCCUUUGAAGCGGUUCACGCCCCCACCGCCGGGAGAGGAGGAGCGACACGCGAACACGAGCACCUCCUCCGACUACAGCGAGGACGAGGACAGCGACGACGAACUGGCGAGGUACCAGCGGGCGAGGGGGGAGGACGAGGCGCUCAGACAGGCGCAGCAGUUGGCGCGCACCAAGAGCUUCAGGGACAGGUUCGAGAACUGGUCGGAGAGUGACAGAGACAACGAGCGACCGGCGGCCGGUGACAGACACUUGGUGGACGACGGACAGACACAGACAGAGACGGCCAAGAGCCUGCGGGAGAAGUUCGAGAUGAUGAAGAUGCAGACGACCGUCACCAAGGCCGUCACGCCCAAGGUCAACAGAUUUGUGGUAAGAUGA